AUGAGUGAAUUUAAUUGUGAUGAAGAGGAAAAAGAUGACGAUAUGUUAUUUGAGAACAAUAGUGAGAUAUUAAAUUUGUCAGAGGAAGGUACAAAAAAUAUUUUGAACUGUGAACAACGGGUGGAAAAGAGACCACAUGAAAGCAGCGAUGAAAAUAUUAACAACGACAACGAGUUUAUUACUGUCACGAGGAGGAAAGUAAAAUAUCGCAUAGUAAGUGAUUCAAUGUCUACUCAAAAUGAAAAUUCACAAAUUGAUUACGAAAUAAUACAUGAUAAACAUGAAGUAUCUAUGACAUCUUUAAAAAUGUUACCCAAGCAAUUUGCGAUGGCGAAGCUACUGAGGGAUGAAGAUAUUCAAAAUAUUGUUAAAAUUAAGUAUAAAGGCCCAUAUAAAGUAUUAAUUCAGUUUAAUUCAGCUGAUAGUGCUGAUAAACUUCUAAAAUGUACAAAAAUGGUAGAUUUAGGGUUUAAGUGUAUGAUGACUAUGGAAAAUAGAUAUACUUACGGUGUAGUAAAGAGGGUUGAUCUAGAACUUGACGACAAAGAGAUAUUGGAGAAUUUAACUUCAGAAUAUGAAAUCAUCGCUGUUAAAAGACUUAAGCGCGUAGAUUAUGACGGGAAAUGGAUAAAUAGUGAAGCUUGCCGCAUUUCUUUUAAAGGAAAUACACUACCUACAUAUGUAAAAGGAUAUGGUGUUAGAUUCAAGGUCGAACCGUUUUUGUUCCCGGUUAGUCAAUGCUCAGGCUGUUGGAAAUUCGGUCAUUUCUUAAGAUUUUGUCCUACUAGAAAGAUUCUUUGUCCAAAAUGUGGAGGGAAUCAUGACAACUGUGAAACGAAAGAAUUGAAAUGUCUUAAUUGUAAAGGUCCACAUUUUGUGCUAGACAAAAAUUGUCCUAUGUUUGUCAAGGAAAAAAAAAAUUAG